UGGGAUGAGUACGGAGUAGUGGCCAUUGGUUGGGAUGAGUACGGAGUAGUGGCCAUUGGUUGGGAUGAGUACGGAGUAGUUGCCAUUGGUUGGGAUGAGUACGGAGUAGUGGCCAUUGGUUGGGAUGAGUACGGAGUAGUGGCCAUUGGUUGGGAUGAGUACGGAGUAGUGGCCAUUGGUUGGGAUGAGUACGGAGUAGUGACCAUUGGUUGGGAUGAGUACGGAGUAGUGGCCAUUGGUUGAGUACGGAGUAAUUGGUUGGGGAUGAGUACGGAGUAGUGGUCAUUGGUUGGGAUGGGUACAGAGUAGGGGCAGAUGGUGAGAAGGCAGAAGAGGGUGACCGUAGUAGUUGUGAGGGGACAGGAUCCAGGGGGCAGGUAGUGAGAUGGCAGAAGAGGUGCCAGAGUCCUAGGAGGGCAGCAAGGUCUUGUGUGCGCCGUACUCCCACGAGGAGCUAAGAGGAGAGU